UCUGAUCCUGCUUCAGCUCAGGCCUGCUAAGCAGUGGUGGGUUUGGGCCUUUCACUGGGACGGUCAAUGCGAGACAGAGCCUGUCAAUGUCCUCAUGGCUCAAGAAAGGAACUGUAGCCUGAGAAUACAUCUGGUGGACACAGGGGAGACCUUCAAAUUGAAGAAGUGUCACAGCAAAAUGACCAUUGGGGAACUGAAGACUAACCUGGAGCUGGUAACUGGAAUCCCUGCCAAUCUGCAAAGGCUCUACUACAUGGAUGAGGGAGAAAUGCCUGACAAUGUUACCUUAAAAUACAACGGUGUCAUCAAAAAUUCAACAAUAACAAUGAAAACCUGGUUUCAAGAUGGCUGGCAGCAGCUGCUACACGCUGCUGCACACAAUGAUAUUAAGAAGUUAAUGGCGCUCGGAGUGACCGAAGACACUGAGUACUCCACUCCAAAUUUCAGGCAACUGGACACCAAACAAAAGGCAGCCUGGAUUGCAGAACGUGCUUUCGUUGCACUCUUUAUUGCUGCUCACAGGGGCCACGUUAGCACUGUCAAUUUUCUUCUGAUGAAUGGUGCUGAUCCAAAAACCAAAACUGCAAGUGGACGCACUGCUCUCCACAUGGCAGUUGUCAUGGCUAGGUCUGAGUGCAUUGACCAGCUACUGCUUCACGGAGCUGAGGCUGAUGACCCUGAUGGUAAUGGCGAGACAUUGAUGAGUCUGGCUCAAAUGACAGGACACCUGGACAACAUCAGCAAGCUCUUCCAAAUCCAAUGGACAAAGCGGACAGCUGGCAUUAAGACCAGUUCCCUCAUGGACAAGUCGGCUCUCUUUGCUCACCAGAAGUAUGACUCCACAUUGGAGACUUGGCGCAAGGGCCCUUAUGGCACGCUCUACCUUGCCAACCUGCUGAAACCGGGUGAGCCACGAGCUGGCACUAUUAGAGAGCAGAGGAACCCAGUCUGGAAAAACCGACCCACCCGUACUGCCAGGCCGGCUGGGCACAGGAAAAGCAGUAAACAAGCCCAAAACCCUAAUCCAAUCGUAGUUAUAGAUAAAGCACAGGAUGACAUAUCACCCACAAAGCCCAGUGAUAGCUGGAAGAAAGAAGCUACUAUCACCGAGGCUGAAAUAAACAACAAGUCCCUCAGGCAAGAUACCUCCUUGUCAGCCAAUGUAAAGUCUAAAGGCAGCAUAACAAAACCUCAAAAAGGUGGGCAGGUCAACCCAUCUUAGCUGAGGUAGAGCGGGAGCAGUGACAGAAUACAGGCAAGGGAGGGAGGAGGGACAUAGUUGGGCAGUGGGUUG